AUGGCUUUAUAUAUGCAUACAUACACGUACAAGCACAUACACAUACACACACACAUACACACAUAUACAUACACAUACAUAUACACAUACACGUACAAAUGUAUUACACGUCAAUGUCCUUUAUUAUGGCUGUAUACCAUCAUUAGUUCACGACUUUCACGAGGACCCACACUCAUAUCAAAUACCUGCAUACAUACAUGCGCACACAUACAUAUACAUACACAUACACAUGUAUAUAUAUAUAUAUAUAUACAUACACAUACACAUAUACAUUAUAUAUAUAUAUAUAUAUAUAUAUACGCAUACAUGUGGAGGAAUAUAAAGUUUGGUUGAUAUUGCUGACAGCGUCUUCCUAAAAGUUAUUGACUGUUAGCACAGAUGUUCAGAUUUCGAAUUUUUCUUUAAAUUCGAUU